CCUGCCAGUGCCACACUCUUCUCCGCUCCUCGGGAGAGGCCCAGCCCAGCACACUUGUCUCGUCGUCCACUCGGCUCUCGUCCCCGCCUUAUCUCCUCUCCCGCGCUCCGCCACCAUCCCUACCAACCAGUCGGAGCUCAGGUCACCCGCACCUCGAUCGCGCCCGCCCGCGUCGGAAAGUAGAGCAGAGCAGAGCGCGCGAGAUGGUGGGCGCCGCACCCAUGGCCGCGCCGCCGCUCGCGGCCGUCCGCCCCGGCGGCCACCUCCGGGUCUCCUGCUCCGCGUCCACCGCCCCCUCGUCCAAGAGCAACGGCGGCCCCCCUAAGCAGCAGCUAGCGCGGCGGCGGCAGCAGCAGCAGCUGCCCGCUCCUCCGCUGAGCUCCGCGGCGGUGCCGCUGCUGCUGGCGGCGGCGGUGCCGCCGGACGCGCUGGCGGCGGGGGGCGAGUUCGGGAUCCUCGAGGGCCGGAGCUUCGCGCUGCUGCACCCGCUCGUCAUGGGCGGGCUCUUCGGCUACACGCUCUGGGCCGGGUACCUCGGCUGGCAGUGGCGCCGGGUGCGCACCGUCCAGGACGAGAUCAACGACCUCAAGAAGCAGCUCAAGCCCGCCGCCGCCGCCGCCACGCCGGCCGCGGUCGGGGCCGGGGACUCCGCUGCGCCGCCGCCGCCCGCGCCCAAGUCGCCGGCCGAGAUCAAGAUCGACGAGCUCACCGAGGAGCGGAAGAAGCUGCUCAAGGGGUCGUUCCGGGAUCGGCACUUCAACGCGGGGUCCAUCCUGCUCGGCCUCGGCGUGCUCGAGUCCGUCGGCGGCCCGCUCAACACCUGGUUCCGCACCGGCAAGCUCUUCCCGGGGCCCCACCUCUUCGCCGGAGCGGCCAUCACGGUGCUGUGGGCGGGCGCGGCGGCGCUGGUCCCGGCGAUGCAGAAGGGGAACGAGACGGCCAGGAGCCUGCACAUCGCGCUCAACGCGCUCAACGUCCUGCUCUUCAUCUGGCAGAUCCCCACCGGCCUCGAGAUCGUCGGCAAGGUCUUCGAGUUCACCACCUGGCCAUGACUCCAUGAGCGGCGCCCGGGGCAUCCUCUGCUACUCUGCAUCUGCAUGUCUCUUCUCUUCUUCCAUCCCGUUAGGUUGUUGACUUGAUGGUAGCCGUGUGUUCAGCUCGUUCAGUGCAGUUCUUUCUCCGUUUGUGCAGGGUGGUUUUCUUGACAUGUGUGGAAUCCCAGUUUCUUUCCCCCCUCGUAAUACACAGUAAGAGCUCGUUUUUUAUGCUAAAUCAGUCGACGCGUGAAUCGCCAAAAUUUAAACUUUCACGGA